UUUAGCAGAAAUGGAGCGACAUAUAGCUGUAGUUGUGCUAUGUUUAGGACUGCAGUUGGCUGUAGCGUCUGAAAAUGAGUUGAAGGAAACAGGUCGUUUAAUUUCGGUGGGUAAUCCUGCACCAUCGUCAUCACCUGUAGUUUAUCCGCCAUAUUAUCCACCACAUUCACAUUAUCCCUCACACUGUGGAUGUUCACCUGGUCUUCCAGGUCCACCAGGACCACCCGGUCCCCCAGGUUUACCCGGUAGUCCUGGACUUAAGGGUGAUCGUGGUGACAACGGUUAUGUUGGUCAUCCCGGCAGGCCCGGAAAACCUGGCAGACCUGGUAUUCCCGGUAAUCCAGGGCCACCAGGAAGGCCAGGUCGUCCUGGACCACCAGGUGCCCAGGGUCCUGUUGGUCCUCCUGGCCAACAUGAUCAUGGACGGUAUCCUGUACCACCUGUAGUAGUAACACCACCAGCUCCAGUAUAUCCCCCUCCUUAUCACGACGGUGGUGGUAAACAUCAUCAUCAUCACCAUCAUCAUAACAACAACAAUCAAGGGCCUAUCAUAGUACCUGCUCCAGCACCAGCACCAUCUUAUCAUCACCCACCUAUUUAUCAUCCACAUCCUGUAUAUCCAGCUCCAGCACCACCCGCACAAUCUCCUAUUAUUAUUUUGGGUGGAGGUGGAGGUGGAGGAGGUGGUAGCAGUAGCAGUAGUGCUGGGGGUGGUGGUGGAGGAGGAGGUGGUACUGGAGGUGGUACUACUGGAACAGUAACAACCACUAGAAGACCUGCAACUACUACCAGAGCACCGGCAGCCAAUAAUAGAGUGUAUCUCUAUGGUGGACGCCAAUAUCCCGAACAACAUGAUUACCAUCCAGAAGAACAGCAAUAUAAUGAUCAAAUAAAUGAGGUAAACUCCCCUCAGAGUCAAAAUUAUGAUGAAAAUUCUGGCGAAAACUAUAACCAAAAUAGUGGUGAAGUAGGAUCAGAAGUGCCAGAAAACAACAAUCACUUGGAUCAACAACCGGAAAGUUCAGUAGAAAUGAAUGAUUAUAAUCUCCAUCCAGAAGAUGGAGAAACUUAUGUAGACAGUGAUCAAUCACAAGCAACUCGUUUCAAUAACGCUGUUCAGGGUACGAAAAGUUCUAAGAAUUUCACAAAUAAAUGA